AUGUCUUCAGGAGAUAUUAGCAUAGUGAAGAAUACUAAAAACAGUAAAAAGUCAAGAAGACAAAAGAAAAAGAGAAGAACGGCCGUUUCCGACUCCGAUUCUUCAUCGUCAUCUUCUGACAACGAAAUGGAUGUGACUAAAGAUGACGUUCUUAAUGAGGAAAAGGAAGCUAAAGAAGAAUCUAAUGACGUGGAAAUGUCAGAUGUUGCGUUGUCGGACAACGAGGAUGAGAAGAACAAGGCUGAAAUACUUGAUGCGUCAACGAAGGAUAAAUUGAAUGAUAUCCCAUUUACCACAACAGAUUUGACCAAGAGAAUGACGCAGAAUCAAAAACAAAACAACCAACAACAAGAAAUUGAUUUGAAAAAAGUGGAGGAAACUAUUAAUAAAGCAAAACUAAAAUUUACUCAAGAUGUCGAAUUGAACAGUAAUUCAAAAUCAGCAACUGCCACAGGUAGUAAAGACGCCAAUGAAUUAAAGAAUGAAUAUUUAGGACUCUUAUUCCAGAAUUAUGGUGAUGAUAUUAAUGCUUUAAGAACUGCACCAGAUUUUACUACAAAAUCAUUGACGUUACUGGCAAAUGUCCUAAAGGAAGGAUCCGGGAUGUUUGAUGUAGAUACUUUAGAAACCAUAUUAGAAUCCAAAUGA